UUUCCUUGCCCGACCACCGCUCUGCCACUGCGCGCGCGCUCCUCCGCCAGCGACAGCGACGACAUGCACUCGACCUAGCGCCCACGCGAAGCGGAUCCCAGCGCCUGUCGCGACAGCGCAUCGCGAACAGCGUUUGCAGCCAGCGGCCCANCCGCAGUCACACCCGCGCACGCCCGCCAAACCCAUCUGUUUACCCAGCAGUCGCAGUCGCCAUGUCGCCCACGCGCCCUUCGCUUUCCAUCCAACUUCCGCCCGUCCACGAAUUUCCCUACUCUCCCACCACCAUGCCCAAGACGCCCGAGGCACAGCAGCACGAGGCCGAGCUGGCAGUAGACCCGCCGCCGCCUCCUCGUCCGCAGACAUUCAAGGUCAAGAGGAAGCGCCCCAGCGCGCCCUUCCAGGAGCCCGCCAUGCUCGACACCUCCAUCAUCCCGACCAUUGAGAUGUCCGAAGUCGAGACGCAAAUGUCCAGUCCGACUCUGCAGCCCACGUCAGCACACCUACUUUUGCCUUUGCCGCUCUCCUCUGUUCGCGCUUUCACGCCUCCCAAGACUCCCGCGCCCCGGUUAUGCACGCCCUUCAGCCAGUUGGACGCCGCCGCAGACGAGUGGGACUUGAUUGCAAACGCCAAACCAACAUACCAGCGUGCCAAUUCCGUCUGUUCCUCUUUCUCCGACUCUUCCAUCUCUUCAUGCGGCAGCUCCGCAUUCUCCAUGCCGACGGGAGGCUAUGACAGCCCGUCUUCCGAGACGACCGACCCGUUCAUGGACGACGAUUUGACGAAACAGCAAGACAAAUCAAACGUCUCGCCCACAAUCCCAGCAGAUGCGCCGCAAACGAAGCGCAUCAAGACCCGACGCCACGUUCAGUGGACGCCACAAAUGGACGACCACCUGUGGAUGACGUUCAUGGCCUAUCUCUCCGAUCCCACCCUCACCCCGUUCAAAAUGCUACCAGGCAGUACCCCGCCAAUGGGCGUAUGCGACCAGGUUGCGACCAAGGCCAGACGAACGUGGAAAUCUCGCAAGGUUCUUCCGGCAAACGCAGGCUCGAUCGACGCCGCAUUGAGCUUGGACAGUCGCCAGCGAGAAGGUUCUCCCGACACCAUCCGUCCGAGCUCGUUUCAGUCCACGCAAUGCAGGUGGCCAAAGGCUGCCGCGACCAGACGUCGACUGCGAGAGCUCUGUUCGAAGCGGCCAUCCAUAUCGGCUCACUAUGCACGCAUGCUGCGCACUCGUUCCCCAUCACCAUUUGAUACAUCGAGCCCACCUGCGCAGCCCGUCCAACCGGUGUCCCUUUCUUCUUCUUUCUUUGACAUGCACAAGUCACUCAUGACUUCAACCGCGCCAUCCAUGCAACCAGGUGGCGUUCUCGCACAGCUGGCCAGUGAUGAGCCUCCACCAGCUCCGAGGCAGGUACGGCAGCCACGACCAGAGGGAUGGUUCGAUCGCAUCCCCAGGUCCAAAGCUCAUCAAAAGAGCGCUUCGCUGCAGUCCGAACUGCAAAUCCACGUCCAAGACAUGGAGAGUCGGACAUCCAACGUCCUUGCGUCACCCUUCGCUGCCGACUCCGCCACUAGUCGAAGUCAAUUGCUUCACAGCAUGGCGACCACCAGAUCACUUGGUCGUACAGAAUUCAACGGCCGAUCCCUGGACUCACCUUUCGACUUCAAAGUGGGAGCGCCGACAGACCGACGGUCCCGCAAACGCCGUUUCCGCUCUGACGAAGAGAAGCCUCGCCGCGGGGCACUGGAAGAUGUCUUCGGUCCACCCGUUGAGCAACGGCCUAUCCUUCGCAAUCGUGGUUUCAGCGUCGGCACUGCUCUGAGCGGAGAACACCUUACCAAUCUCUUCACGCCAUCAUCAUCAAACGGAGUUGAUCAUGUCAUGCUCGAUGCAGCUGGGCCAGGUGACGAUGCGCCCAUGGGCAGUCGCUCCGCCCCGCGUCGCAUGAUUGAGCCGGUGCCACGUCUUCUGUCUCCAUUCGUAGAGACUCCACCACCUAGUCGGCAGAGUAACACCUUCCCUCGCGUCAACCUGUUACCCACCAUCACCAACCAGGCACCUUUCCACCAGCAGUUGCUUCAACUUCAGCACGAGCACGCCAGCAACAUGGCCAAACGAUCUUGAGAUCUGCUUGGGACUUGCUCGACCUAUCCAGCCAUAUCAGCAUUGCAUAAGCGCGGCGCACUCGACAACAUUGCAUAACCCUAGCAUUACCUGUACUCUGAACACUGCAUCACGCAAAGAUAGCCGACACAUUCUCGGCCACGACCAUAACGAUACAAUGACAUGACCAUGCCCGACUCCCGAUCAGCAGUCCGGAGUGAGAUGACGGCAACAGCAUAACUCCUCUUCUCGACAUGCCUACCCCGGUUGUCCAUCAAUGCCUCAUGACGGCAGGCAUCUUGAUCCUCUUCUCUUUCUUUUUCACUUUUCUUCAAUUCUACACAGGAAUUGGAAACGACAUAAUUGGCGGCGUAUGUGAAGAGGAGCAGGUGAGGCCAGAUCUAUCUUGUUGAACGGCAAUAUGAGAAGAAGAUUUUCGGCGGAGCUCUUCGGAUGAAGCUGUUGCGGAGGUUGUCACAUACUGGCGUUUUUCCGUCUUUUCCUGUUUGCUUGUAUGUACUUGCCUCUUUUGGAUUUCUCUUUUGUUGGGAAUGCGGACACGAUAUGAGGAUGACGAGCUCCGAGAUCAUGAAAGCGGUGUUCGGAGUCUUGUUUCUCUUCCUCAAAACCGAUGGCCACGAAGUAGAUGAAAAAGGAAAGAAUCGUCCCACAGCGGGCAAAGGAGAUAGCUCCCCAAUCAAUAAAAAGAGCUUUGACAAUUCUGAAUCUUCCCGGUCUUAUUUUGUCCAGUACUCG